UCUGCAUAACGCGGCGGCCCAUUCAGGCGGCGGUCCCGUUUUGCGGCGACCCACCGGAAAAAGUCCUGGUUCUCCCGAAAGCCAGCCCGCCACUGGCCAUGCGCUAGACUGCAUGCUAUUCCGCUGUUACAUUACACAAUUAAUGACCUGUUCAGGUAAAUCAACGCCCACCAUGACACGACACUAUCGGCACAGCUAGAACUAGCUGGAUUCGCGAACACACGCAGUUUCAACCAAAACAAGCAGACAACGAUGGCCUUAUCUACUAAACUUUCCUUUGAAAAGAUGCUGGUGUUGAUUCUCCUGUCCGCCUUUGUUGGCAUCGUGCAGUCAUAUGGGAACGGGCAGGUUAGCGGUGUGUGUGACUAUAUGAUACCGGGACACUCGCCGAACAGCGCACAGACCAGUAACCCUCCGUUCACUGUUACUGCUGACAGGACCAUCUUUAAAGAGGGCGAAGAAAUCACAGUAACACUAAGCGCACAAUCAGGAGUGUCAUUUGAAGGGUUUAUGCUACAAGCACGUCAAGUCGGAUCGAGCACUCCGAUUGGCACUUUUACUGUGAUGGCCACUGGUUCGCAGAGCCUCACCUGCAAUGGAGUGGCUAAUAGAGCUGUUUCUCACACAUCAGACAAUGGAAAGACUUCAAUGCAGACUAAAUGGAAGGCCCCUACAUCUGAACUUGGCAAUAUAGAGUUCAGAGCAACAUUUGCACAAAAUUUUGAAACCUUUUGGGUUGGCAUCAAGAGCUCUGUGAUAACAUAUAAUGGUACAGGGACUGCUACUGUGGCCCCAACUGUGUCUACAGUAAAUUCUGAGUGUGGGAAAAGCAAAGUCUGUUACAGUCAGCCCAGCAACUGUGACCCAUCGACCAACACAGACUGUUACUUCAUGUCAGUUCGGACAGCAACUGAUCAAUCACAGAUGGAGAUUGAAAUAAUUGGCAAGGCUGAUGGAUACGUGGCAAUCGGGUUUUCAGAUGACCAAGAAAUGGGCAAUGAUGACAUCUAUAUCUGUGGGAAGGACAGCAGCAACAUCCUCCAAGUGCAACACGCUUUUUCCACUGGAAAAAGCGCUCCAACUAUUCUUUCGCUGGGGAAUGUGUCUGACAUAAAGAAAGCGCUGACGAAUGGAGUUAUCAAUUGCUCUUUCACGACUCGUAAUUCCAUAAGCACAGGAAGUAGAGCAGCAUCUGCUAGUGAGUACUUCCUCAUGAUUGCGUCAGGACCCUCAAAUCAAGGUAACAUCCAGUUCCAUAAAAAUAAAUAUGUCAGUACUAGCAAGGCUAAUUUGCUGAAUCCAGACCUGAUCACCAGUGAACCACUGCCAGCAAUCCUUAAAGCCCAUGGUGCCCUAAUGUUAAUAUCCUGGAUGACCACUGGCAGUUUAGGGAUGAUCAUAGCACGCUAUUUAAAGGCAGUUGCCAAAGGAAAAGGAUGCUGCGGUAAAGAUUUCUGGUUUUUGGCUCACGUGACGCUGAUGUCCAUCUCAGUUACUGCCACGGCUAUUGCAUUCAUACUGGUGUUUUCUUAUGCCCAGGAUUGGAGCGGGGGGGCCCAUCCUGUACUGGGCUGUUUGGUAAUGAUUCUCAGUCUUAUUCAGCCAAUUGUUGCUGCUUUUCGUUGUGAGCCGCACCAUGAACGGAGAUUCAUCUUCAACUGGGCUCAUUCAUUCAUUGCUUUAGCUAUUAAAGGCCUUGCAGUGGCUGCAAUUUUCACUGGUCUGUCACUGAUUGAAGGAUCUGAGGAGGAUGAUUGGAUGUUGAAAGUUAUGGGAGGUUUUGUUGCCUGGGAGGCCCUGAUAUUUGUUCUGCAAGAUCUGAACAUGCGCUCUAAGAAAAAAGAUGCUGAGAUCUGCUCUUUUGAUGGGAUAAGCCCUGAAAUUGUCCUGCUUAUCCUGUUUCUAUUGGGAAACCUGGCCUUCUUGAUAGCACUUCUUGUUGGAAUAGGCAGAGCAGGUUAAGAAUGUCCAAUAUGCCAUAGCCAGAUUUUGUAUGAGUAUAUGAAUAAAAGCUAUUUGUUUAAUUUUUCUAAUUAA